AUAUUACAUGUCCCUGUAAGCAAAUGACAGAAUAAUGGCAAAUAACUUUUCGGAAGUUAACAAUCCGGAAGUAGGGGCGGACGGGUACACUGCGGUCACGUCGUUAUACACUACGGAGAAUAACACCAUCAAUCCAAAUGGAACUGGCGUUACCUACGAGCGCAACGAGACGCUUGCUAAAGCGGAAAUUGCCAUACAAGGUGUUAUUCUGUAUAUGGCAUUGUUUGGAAACCUUAUUGUUAUAAUAGUUCUUCUACAUAGAAAAAGAAAGUUGAGCAGAAUGCAAAUGUUCAUUGUACAUCUUGCAAUAGCGGAUAUAUCAGUUGCUCUAUUUCAAACAUUACCACAGCUUGUUAUGGAUAUAACAAAUAGAUUUGACGGAAAUAAUUUCCUGUGUAAACUAUCAAAGUAUAUGCAAGUGGCAACAAUGUACAGCUCUACAUAUGUGUUGAUCAUGACAGCACUCGAUCGAUAUAUGUCAAUAUGUCACCCUUUAAUGUCACAAACAUGGACAACAAGGCGUGUUCAUUUGAUGGUUUUAAUUGCUUGGAUAUUAUCUGGACUAUUUUCUAUACCGCAGCUGAUUAUUUUCUCGUACGGAAAAAGUCCGUAUAACGGAGAAAACGACUGUAUAGACAACUUCGAUGUCGUGAACGCAUAUUGGGAGUUACAAGCUUAUGUUGUCUGGAUUUUUAUGUCUGUUUACGCGAUCCCUUUUGUCAUAUUAACAGUUUGUUAUACCCGGAUAUGUCAUAUAGUUUGGAUUAGCGCGAGUGCCAAGGAGACGACUAAUUCCACGAAACAAAGGCGAUAUCUGAGAUUCUAUAAAUCGAAUUCUGACAGCAGAAGCACAACAACUAGCGUGCGAAAUGAGAUUAGAAAACCAAGAGCACAUUCCAAAAAGAUGUCAAAGUCUAAAAUAAAAACAGUGAAGUUAACGCUUACAGUUGUGCUGUGUUUCAUUAUAUGCUGGGCACCAUUUUUCAUUACACAAAUGUGGUCAGCAUUUGAUUUAAACGCACCAUAUUACACAAGUCAUAUCAUGGCAAUCGCCACGUUACUUGCCAGUCUUAACUCGUGCACAAAUCCGUGGAUAUAUUUGGCUUUUUCUGGAAGGCUUUGUCAUCGACAGAAACGGCCACGGGCAAAGACGACAUGGAUGUCUAGCGUUAACACGUACACCACUGACACUGCUGGGGAGACUAUGCGCAUGCGCAAGAUAACAUCAGAUUCGGCGUCAUUUACACGUUCCUUUGAUGAGAAAGACGUGUGCAAAUUGGCAGAUGAUGUAUAGAUAAAUGUAUAUUUUGGAUCAGACAUUUGUUGCUAUAUGAUAUAAGCUUAAAAAUCCAAAAUGACAUUGGUAUUGAACAAGCCAAUAAAGGCGUUUUGUAAAAUUUAAUGAUAGUAAAAGGUGGUAACAUACUGUUGUCUUAAACUGCUUUUUCGCACACAUCUGGAUUUUUAAAUCAAUCUGUGAAAUACAAUCAUUUAAAGUAAUUAAAGAAAUGAAUGCCGGCCAUUUACAAAUGUAACACAUUUGUAUCGAAUGAACUAAAUCAUCAUGAUAUCAUAAUUACUGGUGACGUCAUGCUUUAAAUUGAGGAUAUUCAAUUUGUUCUAUAAAUACGGGACUUAUUUUUAUCCAAUGAUAUGAACAAAAGGUUCACGAGUGCCGGUAGGUACAAAGUGUAAGAUAAUAUGAUAACUUUCAUAUAAAAAGAAAGUAAAUCCCGUAUUUACAGAAAAAGAACUUGAAUUUUCCGUUUACUAUAAUUUUUUUCUCUUUAUUGACCUUGCAAUUCGAAAGACCGCCUCAUUUAAUUUGUGUAUUGGCUGAAUUGAGAAGAAAGUAAUCCGGCAAAUCGCCAGCGAAAAUACGAAAAAUAUGUUUUACUCCAGUGAACAAUAUCUUUUAUAGCGAAAAUACGGAACAUGAAAAUAUGCAUUUUAUCUCACAAUUUCAUUACUAGGUAUAUAAUAAAUAAAUACAUUUAAUUCAAUGAAAUAAUAUAUAGUUGUACAUUUUCUUUUCAUAACAAGAACUUUUUGGACCAAUUUCAUACAAUUUGUGAUUAAUGACUAAAAUAGCAUUAGGCAUAAAUGAUACUGUUACAUUAUUUGUUUUUCUUACACUGUACCUGACUAUUGUUAAGAAUAAUAUGACAUGAAAGAUGUUGUAGUUUUGUUUGAAACAAUUCAUAAUCAUGGAUCUUGUAGUAUAUGUAUACAUGUAUUAAAUCAU